CCCUAUCUUUCCUUAUUACUACUCUUAUUCCCUUAUUAUCACUUCCCUACCUUAUAUUACCUACAUUCCCUUAUCACUACUCUUAUUAUUCCUUCCCUUCUUAGUUAUCUCUUAUAUCUCUCCUUAUUUUCCCUUAUUACCUCACUCUCUUUACUCAUCUUCCUUAUCUUUCUAUCCUUACCUUAUACUUAUUUCUUACUUCCCUAAUAUCUCUUACUUAACCUCCCUUAUCUUUAUCACUUAUUUAUUAGUCUCCAUUCAUAUUCCUUACCUUAUUCACUGUCUCUUACUACUUAGUUUUACCUAUCAUCUCCUACCCAUUAGUUCCCACUGCCUAUAUUCCCCUAUUCUUACUUUCUUACCCUCUUACUACUUACUAAUUAGUUAG